AAAAACACACAGUGCAGACCCGGGACAUCACACAAGUGUGGGUGGGGUUACAUUGAUGCGCAACCUGACAGUAAUGUGCAUCCACGGCGAGCCCCAAAGUCUUAAACCUCAAUGAGAACAAAUACCCUGCAGGAGGAGACAGAGGGAGGCGUACAGACUCCUUGUACUUCAGUCUCUACAGCAGAACUGUACAACAGAGGAUUAACCCUGACCGGAUUUGGAGGUUUCGAGUCGUAAGUAGGACGUUUAUCCAAACAUUUAUCCCCGAAUUAGAGUUGAUCUUUUCCCCACCCUGUGCAUCCCUUUUAGGAUUGAACAUUAUGGCAUGGCCGUGCAUUACGCGUGCUUGCUGCAUCAACCGCUUUUGGACCGAGCUAGAUAAAGCAGAUAUCGCGGUGCCUUUGGUUUUUACUAAAUACUCCGAUGUAGCCGACGUGCAGCACCUGCCCCAUCACCCGCAGCCGAAACAGAAGAAGGUCGGUGCCAUUGCCAUAGAAACCCAGCCGCAUCCCGACCAGCAGGAGGCUGUGAAGGCACCGCCCGCGACGGGUGCCGCAGCGGGCAAAGAUGGCUCUGCUGCGUCCGUCAUGCGCCAAGACUUUAAGGCGUGGAGAGUGCGCCCCGAGCCCAGCUGCAAACCCAGAAACGAGUACCAACCACCACCGGCCCCUUUCAAUAACGUAACUCAAUAUCAGAAAGAUUACAAGCCCUGGCCUAUACCGAAGAAGCACGACCACCCAUGGAUCCCCAAACCCAGUCCGACUGCUACCGCCGGUGGGAAGCAGGAGCAUGCGGCCGCCGAGGCCGAAAGCGGCGUGGAGAAGAGUGAGAUCGAGGAGAAAUUGCAGGAGAAAGAAACAAAGGAGUUGGUGAAGAGAGGCGAGAUCAGGGAAAAGUCGGCUGAGAGGAAAGCAGGUGAGAAGACUGAGGUACAGAUGUCUGCAGAUGUGAGCGCGGAGCAGCGGAGAGGCAGAGCAGCUGCAGACGCUCUCAACAGACAGAUAAAGGAGGUUAUGUCGACUUCUAGCAGCUACAGGACUGAGUUCAAAGCAUAUAAGGAUGUGAAACCAGUGAAGCCCAUCAAAGCUCCGUCUCAGUAUAAACCGCCUGGGGAGGAAACUAGUCUGGAAACCAGCUACAGUGCCACUUUCAAAGGGGAGCAGGUGAAGGCUCAGGUGACUGACAACAAGCUGCUGGAGCGCAGGAGGAUACGCAGCCUGUACAGCGAGCCGGGCAAGGAGCCCGCCAAGGUGGAUAAACCAGUGUCUCGCACCAAACCCAAAAAGGCACCAACAACAACAGGGAAGAUGGUGAAAAAAGCUAAAGAGAAACAGAUUUCUAGUUCCCUGUCAGCCAAGAAGAAACCUUCUGUGGAUGCAUCAGAACCCAAACCAGAAGGAGUUGUGACCAAGAAGAGCAAAGAGAUCAGCAAUAGACUUGCUGAAGGAAAACAGUAGAAGCGGUCUUUUGCUACACUUCUAAGUGUGUGAUAACAGGCUACACAAUGAAAUAGUUGAAUCUCUUCCCUUUGGUUUACCUCCUUACCUGUUGUCCUGUCUUACAUAGUUCACCUUUGAACGAGCACUGACAGUAAGCUUUUAGAAUAACGCAAAUAAUUUCACUGUUAACUAUGCGUGUGAAAAUAUGAAUGUUUGACAGUGAUUUCUUUGUGUAGGACUGCUUUAUAUUAUUGAGCACAUAAUUUGCACAUAUGAGUUCUAUUUUAUGUCAAUCUUUAAAAAGAGCCAUCGGUACACAUGCAGUAUGUGUAUGAAAGGGCAUUUUUAUCUUUGUCUGAAUGGAUGAUGACUGAGAUCCGUAUUAAAAUGAUUGUUGAAAUGUCAAAGAGAUGCUUUUUCUCUGAGACUGAAUUACACAAAGGGUUUUGUAAAAGUGCAAACUCUGUUUUAUGGUUUCCUAAUUACAGUGCCUCUGCUGUAUGGUCCUGGUUUUCAUUUCAUUGUUCUGAAUGAUAUCUGGUUUCAUCAGUUUGGUUGCUAAGAAACCAAAUUAACUGUAAUGUAAUUGCUACAGCUUGCAUGCAAGACCCUAAUUUUGGUUGAGUAGCAACAUUUUAGCAGACUGUGCUCCGCAGUCACAUUCUAGCUUGUAAAUUGGCAAUUCAAGAUAAAUGUAUAGAGAAAAGACCUUUUCAGAUGUAAUGCAUGUGUAGAAAUAGAUUCUGAUCACACCAAAUGGUACAUACAGUUAGUCAAAUCAAAGUCUAGUUAAAGCUAAACAAACCAGCAAUUUGAUUUCAUCCACGGUUUAUUGCAAACAAAACAGAGAUCCACACCUUUAAUUGAAAUACUGCAAUUUUUCUGACAGCACAGUAUUUUGUGGCAUUGUACUGCUAACUUAAAACAUAUAUAUGCAUAUAGGCCUAAAAGGGAGAACUUCCUAUAUUUACUCAACAAUGUUCCCUGUGAAUGGGCUGGUCUCUCCAGGUGUUGAAAGACAAGGAAUGGGCCAGGACUUAAAGUUCAGCUCUUUAAAAUGCUACUGUUUGGAAUCAUGUAUUUAUGAUGAGCUACAUGAAGUGUUACAAACUAAAAUGUCAGCCCAGCCUUUCCUUUGUGGUUUUCAUCUACCGUGAUGCCCUCUGUGGCCUUGGUGGCUGCAGUGUGUGAGGGAACUAUUUGAGCUCAAGGCACAGUGAGUCUGCCUCCACUUUCUGCUUCUCUUUGUGGGUGUGUGAGCAGGGAAGCUUUUUUCUUUUUAAUAUGUCUGACCUCCUCAGCCUGCUGCCUGCUAGCAUCUAGUCUGACCCAACCACUACAAGUGCUGCUAUGCACUCCAACACCUUGGUGCUAUAUCUCUCAUUUAAAUGCUGUCUGGUUUGGACUGCUUGUGGCGUCAGACCAGAGUGAAGUGAUGACAAUGUCAUACCGCUGCAGAUUGUGUUGUGAUAUUGCGCUUGUAUUCUCAGCUUGCACAGAAUGAACUGAUUAAAAAUGAUGCAACAAACUCUUGUGUUAUGGCUUAUUGCAUCCUUUAUGUGAGGUAUUGGUAUUAUGUUCUAUUCUAGCCCCAGUCAUGAUCAACCUCAAGACAAAUAAACUCAUUAACUUGACACAACAACUCUCCCCUAGCCUGAAGGAGGCAAUCCACCCUUUUCUGUCUGUGGAUCCUGGCUUCAAACAAGACGAUACUCAUUUUACACCCAAAACAGCAGCCUCAAGUCUUAGGAAAGACCAUAUAAGCUUGGCAUGUCUUCCUUUUUUAAUUAUCUCCUGUUCUUCUCAAUAGAUCUGUACAAGCCCAGCAAAGCUGCAUGGGAAACAUCAGUUCACAGAUUUUCUGAAACUACUCCUGUGUUUUCCUGGGUGAUUGUUAUUUGUUGAAAUGUAAUCAUGUCCCUCAAACUGAGAUCCUGAAGUCUCUGGAAAAGGCUCUCAUCCAGGAGUGCCUCAUAAUUUUCUGUUGAUCUUUGACUUUGUCCAAACUGAACUCAGAAAUAGGAAAAUCCCCACAGCAUGAUGCUGCCAUCCCUAUGUUUGACUGUAAGGCAAGUCAAGUUUAUUUGUAUAGCACAUUAUAAGGUAGGGACGGUAUCGAUGAUGUGAUGCUCAGUGUGUUGUUUCCUCCAUACUUGUCAGGGAUAGUGGGGAAAUAGUUCAAACUUAAUAAAAUGGCAGGAUUUUUUCUAGUCAUCAAAGGUGAAUGUCAUUCAUGUGCCUUGUGUUUUUUAUGAUUAUUAUUAUUUAUAUACAAGAUGAUAAACUGCUAUCCUUUUGA